GGAGCCGGAUGCGGAAGCAGGCCGUAGCCGGGUGAGAGGAGUGGGGUCGGAAUGGCGCUGCGGCUGCUCUCGCUCCUCCUGCUGCUGCUACUGCUGCUGCUUGGCAUUGCUGCCGAGGCCUCAAACGGGAAUGAUGUUGGGACCGGGGGCGCAGGUGGGGGGCAGGAACCAGAGCGCUCAGAGUCCAACCCUUCAGUAAAAGACGAAGAAUCCAACAAGGCACAAAAUGAAGGUAACAGAGGGACAGCAAAUGAGGAGAGAGGUGCAGGUGAUGGAGGGCAAAACAAAGACCAGAGUAAGCAGGGGAAGAACCCGUCCGGAGAGACAGGGCAACAAUCUGGCAAAGAGGAAGAAAAAAACACUGAGGGCCAAGACACCAACCAGAACAAUGGUGGGCAGUCUGGCAGCAACACUGCUAGCCAGCCCAGCACCCAGAACAGUGACAGCCAAAGCAACACCCAGGGUGGUGAUGAUCACGGGCAAAACACCCACAACAGCAACCAUCAGGACAGUAAGACCAACAGCCAAGACAGCCAGCAGCCGGGCAGUCAGACCGAGCAAAAUGGCAACACUGAUGGCAAAAAUGGCCAGGAAGAUGACAACACCGAUGGCCAAAAUGGCCAGAAAGACAACAGUGGCGGUGCCAACAGCCAGACCAACCAGCAAAGCAACAGCAACCCACAAGAUAACAACACCAACAAGCAGACCAACCAGCAAGACAGCAGCAAGCCGGAAGGUGAGAACACUGACAAGCAGACCACCCAGCAAGGCAGCAGCAACUCACAAGAUAACAACACCAACAAGCAGACCAACCAGCAAGGCAGCGGCGGCCAGGAUGGUGAGAAGACUGACAAGCAGACCACCCAGCAAGGAAACGGUAAACCACAAGAUAACAACACCAACAAGCAGACCGACCAGCAAGGCAGCAGCAACCAGCAAGGUGACAACACCAACACGCAGGAAGGCAAUCAGGGCAGCCAUGCAGACUCAUUGGGAAAUAAUGGCCAGUCCUCACAGUCAGUUUCAUCUGUUCAUGAGACCGAAGGCUCUCCAGAUGGGGAGGAGCUCCCCGAGGAAGAGGGUGGGGUGAGAAAUGGUAACGGUGCUGCCUCACUUAAUAAGGAGAGAGAGAAGAGUGUUCCCAUUUCUCCAGGGGAGAAGUCGGAGAACAGCCACUUCUUUGCCUAUCUGGUGACCACGGCUAUUAUUGUCGCCGCUCUGUAUGUUGCCUAUCACAACAAACGAAAGAUCAUCGCUUUUGCCCUGGAAGGGAAACGAUCAAAAAGCGGUCGGCGGCCCAAAUCUGGCGAUUAUCAGCGCCUGGAUCAAAAGAUCUAGAUGGCUCCUCAGGUGUUCAGUGGAAGAAAGCUGCUUGGCAACGAUGAGACCGGAAUGGUGGGACACCACCGACUGCCCUGCUGUAGCACUGAAUGAAUCGUAGCUUUGCUGUCGUCUUCAAAUCUCAGAGAGCAGGAGGAAGGGGAAAUGCUUUUACUUUUGCACCUGCACCUUGAUAACGUUCGACUUCUCACUUCCUUAAAAUGUGUUUCUCCUUUCCCAGCAGCCUGAAAAUGAAUUGGUUUCCUCUCGGGUGUCUGGUUUGUAGACCGUGGCCCAAGAGAAGCCAGCUCUGGCACUUGACAGAACUUUUGUGUCCAAAUGAAAUGGGAUUUGCCAUCUACUGUACUGACGUCUCCUCUUGAAAAAGUCUGCCUGCGAAAUGAGCCAUCUGAUUCUCUCCUUUCAGAGUCAUAGAGCUGCCUUUGUAACCAGCACUGUCCUGCUGGAAGCACAGAAGUUCUCUUUCUCUGUCCAUUGUAUUUGGAUGCUAAAGUUUGGAGCGUGGUUGCACUAGCUUGGAAAUGAUCUGCCAAGGACUCUGUUUUGAUCUGUUUCUUUUCUUCCUCUCUGCAAUGAAGGCAAUGUUAGCUUCACAUCUCGAUUCUCACCUUAAUGCACACCUUUGGGAGCACUGGAGCUGCCCUCAGCCCUCUGGUUGUAGCUUAGACUUCCUUACCUGCCCUGUGGCAGUUGUGCUCCGCGUGGCUCUGUUCCCUCGUGGUCCUCACAGCUGAGAUGCUUGCACUAAUGAGGACAAUUACUUUGAUGCUGUGAAAGCGAGCCACUCCAGCUUGUGAAGUUCCGUGCCGUACAGCUGCAGUGAUGGAGCAAACUUCACCUCAAAAGAGGACUCUCUUCCCUGUUGGUAAAAUGUCAUCGUGAUGAUGCAGAGCGGGUGGUAGUCCCGAAGCGUUUGGGAUGAAUGAAACUUGCAGUCACUCAAACCUCUUCUUCAGUACUGAGGCUCCUCAGCAGGAAAGGUGCAGCUCCUGCACCGAGGUGUUUCCCAGGCAGCUGCCCUGGGAGCAGAAGGGCGGCCUCUCUCUGCUCUUCUGCUGCUCUGCCCCCCUCCCCUGGCUUUGGGAGGUUUAAUGUGUUUGAAUGUACACCUCACCAGCAGCUUAUUGCUGUAUCCUCAGCGUCACUGUGGGGCACUUAAAUGAGGGCCUGGGACGUACUAGCACUGGUUGUAUUGAAGGCUGAAAAACGUGUUGAUUCCUGAGCUGUAGCUGUUACGCUGGUCUUAUUUUUGUAGUUCUGCUCCAAAGAUAUUUACUCAAGACAGGGCACUUCCAAAGGAUGUGUGUAAAGUGCCUGCCUGGCUUCUUAGUUUGGUUUUUUUUUUACCUAUGUGGGCAGAAAAUGAUGGCUGUGACACACGGAGCGCUCUUCACAGGGGUACACAUCUCCCUCCCACCCCCCAGAGCUGCACAGAGGAGUCCUGUUCCCCUGUGAGGACAGAGGGGGCCGCCUAUCCCCAGCCCUGCAUGAGGGGUGACCCUUCCCAUGGCUGCAGGGUGACGAGGGCAGGGAAGUUCCCUUGUCUGGCCAUGAAGGCUACAGCUAUAUUCUGUUUUUCCAGCACAAAGGGAGAGAGGGAGAAAGCUCCUCCAACCUCUGGGAACGCCUCCCCGUGUUUCUUUUCCCCUUUUUAAUGCUGUUAGGAUUUAGGCAGUGCGUUUCGAACCGGUCGAGGGAGGAGCGUGAAGCUUUUUCCUUUUGGCCACGGCACGUUUCUGAAUGGAUGGAUGGCAUCUGUGUGUCCGUGGUUGUUCUGCAGGUGGAGCUGCUCCUGGGCCCGCCGCAGGGUUUGUUUCCUGCUGCAGUGCAAUGCAACUUGCUUUGAAGGACCAGAAUUUUUAUAUUUCUUUGUACUUUUUUUUUUUUCCCCCCUCUGUGUGGUAAAGUCAAUAAAUGAUUUAAAAAAUA